UCUCCUUCCAUUGAUCUCGCAGCGCUCUCCGCACCGCCGCCUCAUCGCAUUGCUCCUCUGCGCUUAUCUGCAUUUUUCGUCUUUUCUUUUUUUUUCUUUUCUCUUUUAUUUUCUUCCAGGGUGGGGGCACCGGUGCAUUUUUUGUAGGGACCAGAAUAACUUCCCCCUUGCCUCCCCAUCCCUGAGCUCCCUCCGUUAAACCAUGGCCAGCACCGAGGAUAAAGAGGCCAGCAAGGAGAAGGCGUCCAGCUGGAAGGACUCCUUCUACAACCCGAGGACCGGGGAGCUGCUGGGUCGGACGGCCAGCAGCUGGGCCCUCAUCCUGCUCUUCUACCUGGUCUUCUACUGUUUCCUGGCCAGCAUGUUCGCCCUGACCAUGUGGGUGAUGCUGCUCACUCUGGAUGACUAUGUGCCGAGGUACAGGGACCGCCUCCCCAAUCCAGGAUUGGUGAUCCGCCCAAACUCCUUGGAUAUAUCAUUCAAUAAAUCUGAUCCGCUGAAGUAUGCAGAUUAUGUCCGAAGCUUGGAAACCUUCCUCCAAAGUGAGUCCACUCCAACAUAUUAUGCACACAAUGACCUGCAGGUUACAGUAGCAUUCUCAAUGCAGGAGAAAUAUUUGCAGCCCCUGGUGGCCGUGAAGCUGCUGCUCACCAAGGAGGACUACAACAAGGAGCUGUCUGUGGAGUGCAGGGUGGAGGGCUCCGACCUUCGCAACAACGACGAAAGGGACAAGUUCCUGGGCCGCGUCACCUUCCGGAUCAAAGUCGUAGAGUAACAAGAGGCGGCUCCGACCAAUUAGCAGCAACAACAACAAAAAAGAAAUGUUUGAAUCAGAUAAAGGUUUGGGUUCUACCAUGAGAAGCUGCUUGGAAUCACAUGUUGCUUUGGUUUUUUUUUUGCUGAUCUCUACCCUGAACAAAAAGUUUCUAGACCCGCCCCGUUUUAUCCUCUACUUAGUUUAGAUCUUUUUAUUUCUUUAUUGCUGAUGUGAUUUAAUAACCUAUAGCCAUUGGAACCAAGCUGUUUGGAGCUGUUGUGUAAUUGCUGACCUUUCAUUUGUAACCUUCCUGGUUGCCAGGUUGAGUGUGUGGUUUCCACCCCCGAGUCUGUAUGAGGGACCCUCUUACUUUCUGGUUUUUCCCGGAUUUUAGAUCUUACUAUAUCGUAGAGCUGAAAAAGUAGAACACUUCCAGCGUAUCUCUCAUCUCAAAAAGACUUCAUCGAGACAUACCUUGAUAACCAAGUAUAGCUGAUGUACUCCCUUUGAACUAUAAAUACAUAGAUGCAUAUUUAGGGAAUUAUAGAUAGUGCUGUGGCGCGCAUAGCCGCAGUCCAGUCUUGUGCCGUGUGUCUGGCUGUUUGUCCGUCUGCAUGUGUGUUUUUGUCCGUCCGUCUGGCUGCCUGUCUUCCUGUUUGUCCACGUCUCCACUGCCACUAGCCGACGUGUGGGUGAGCCUGGCUUUUCCUGAGGCGUGGCGGUUGUGUAUGGAUGGUGGCUGGGAGGGAACAGCGACGCUUUGCUGUUUGAGGCGGAGAGGAAGCGUAUCGAAAAAUAACUGCAACUAUGUACUGUAUACCUUUACGUGAUCUCUAUAUCUAUCCGGGUCUCAAAGAUUGUUCGUUAGUUUACUCUCUUCUUCAGCCUGUGUAUCUGAUUGUCUGCUGAUCUAUUACUCUUUAAUGUACAUAUAUAUAUAUAAAUAUAUACAUGCAAACACACACCACACAAUAUUUCCCAUAUUUACCCAAAUCACGCUGUAUUUUGUUCACAAAACACGAUGUCUGUGCACUGUAAAGAAAUAUAAUUUAAGCAAAGAUUUGCAGAAGAUUAUCUAACCUUAUUCAAAGCUAUGUUUACAAAAUCUUAAAAGGAACCCGUAUUUAAAGGAAUAACCUGUAACAUCUCUUUUCAGGGUGCCUUAAGGCCUGAUGAAAUACAUUAUGGAAUAAAAGUGAUUUUGAA